UUUCUGAGUACAUGAAAAAAGGUUCCCUUCUAUGGAAAUGAGAUCUGCUUUUGCACAUCUCAUAAAAAAUAAUAAUGAUAAAAAUAGUAAUAAUAAUAAUAGUAAUAAUAUUAAUAAUUCAUGGUAGUUAUAUGAUCCCUUGUUAAAGGAACCAUCCAUGGAGGUCAUGAUUCCUUGCACAGACCUUGUCUUAUAUGCAGCAGAUGAAAUGUCUUAAAAAUGCUAAACCUUCUCAUGUUUUGUCUGGGGAUUCUGGUUAUGUCACUGUUCAAGCAUGUACAGGACUGGUUUUGAUUUGAUAGAAUUCAGACUCUAUAAAGAAUGGAGGGUGACACAUUUUCAGGACUUGGUAAUGGCACCCAGAUCGAUGGGAAGAUCUUUCAGACAUUUCAGAAGAGUUUUGUUCAAGUCCAGAACAUCUUGGAUCAGAACAGGCUUCUCAUCAAUGAAAUAAACCAGAAUCACGAGUCUAAAAUCCCUGACAACCUCAGCAGGAAUGUGGGUCUAAUCAGGGAGCUCAACAACAAUAUCAGGAGAGUGGUUGACCUCUAUGCAGACCUUUCUACUUCCUUCACCAAAUCCGUGGAAGCUUCCUCUGAGGGAGAUUCUACGGGGGCUUUGAGAUCAGAUGGCAAAGCUGGGCAUAAGCGAAAUAGGCCUGCAUAGAGACUCUCCUCUCCUCUCCUCUCCUUUCCUCGAAAUUCUUUUGCAUGGUGGAAAACAAAAGAUUUCCACAAUUUAUGCUGUGGUGUUAGAGCAUGAAUAUGAUAAUUAGGGUCUGUAACUCGAUCUCUAUUGUAUCAGUGAAUGAUUCUCUAGUUCUUCGCUUAACAUUUGGUAUAAAAAAUAAUAAUUUUUUGGGAGUUCUCGAUCUGCCUCAUUGUAACUCAGUGUAGCUCUGGAUCUAAUUGCAAAGUAUCUAUACUUUGGUAUACUGCUGCUGCUGUUCUUAGUAACGAGUAAUAAAACUAUUCUUUUUCUUUUUCA